UGAGUAAAAAAGAAGAGCGCGUUAGGAACCGGAUGCCUUGCUUGCGAUAGCAAAAGACGUCAAGCACCAUGCAUGCAGAAGCAUGGUAGCACAAGCUCUGAAGCUCCCAAUAAAAAGCAAAAUUGAGAUAUGAGAAUGAUUGCAACCUGGCUUCACCAGACACCAAGCUGACCGAUCAGACCAGCGGAUGGCAAUGGCAUCCUCGUUGAUCCGCGCAUUGGAUUGCACGGCUACGCCCGGAACACGUGGUGCUCCAGCUCCGGUCGCCCCGCGUCGCCGCGUCGCUCGUGUUCGACUGGCGCCGCGGUGCCAGUGGAGGCCUCUCACCGCGCGUGCACAGGCGGCGGCGACGCAGCCGGACCCGGAACACCAGGCGCCCGCGAAUGGGGGGCCGUCGGCGUUUCCCACGACCGCGCUGAAGGUGGGCGCCGGCGUGGCGCUGGCGCUGGCUCUGGGUGGCGCGUCGUGGAGGGCGCGCGGCGGGAGCGCCGGCCCGGUCCUCAUGCAACCCGCCGCGGUGUGCUCCCUCAACGUCGUCACGGACAGCGCGUCACGCGCCACCGCGGAACGGAGCGCCGCCGCCGCGGCCACCAUGAGGACGAGCGUGGACGCGCUCUCCGACUCGCUGUUCCGGCGCGAGGACGCGCCCAGGGACCGCGCCACACUGAUGGACCUCGUCUUUGAGCAAGUCACCAAGGAGCAAAUCGGCGACAGGGGAAAGCUGACGAGCUUGCUGCAGAAGGAGUGGUCGGCGUCGCGCGAUUCCGAGAGGAAGCUUGACCUGGGCUUGCUGCUCACUGACGUACUGAUCAACCAGAGAGAAUGGCAGAGGGCAAAAGAAGUUUGUCAGCAAUUGACUGGCCGAUACCAACGUGACUCGAGGCCUUACCUGCACUUGGCUGUCAUCAACAUGAUGAUGGCAGUGGAGACCAUGCUUUCUCCUGAAACAGCCAAUAGUGACGACAUUGAGAAGAUGUCAAAGAAUGCCAUGGACGCGUGGAAGGAAUUCAAGACCAAGUAUGAGCAUGCCAAGGGGUCAACUGAUUCCAGCACCUGACUGACCAGUAUUAUGCUUGCUUUCAGACAAAUCUUUCUGUUGAGUGCUGACAACUCUUGUGAUGAAUCUGUCUUACCCACUUAGUUGCUUGUGAAGUUUGCCCCAAUCUUUGUGACGUAAAUGUUCUCGAUUCUCAUUAUGCAUACCUAUUUUACAACCUACAAUUAUUUACCAACA